AGGUACUAACGGAUUAAAAGUCAAGAUACGACAGUAAUCUGUAGACUGGUAACGAGACCUAUUUUACACCCCUGAUAAUCAAUGUACUUUAUUAAAAUGCGGAGCAACCUGCCUAACUUGAGUAAACAAAAGUAUACGACCCUUCAGAAAGAAAAAGCCAGAUCUACUACUUCAUCAUUGUUCGUGUUCGUCAAGUGUUGGAUUACAGUUUUUUUUCUCCCUUCAAUACGAUUGAACGUCACCUUACUGAGUUUUUAAAAUAAAACAUAUAAAGAACAAAUUCGCAUAAUCCAUCUUGUUAAGGAAUUUAAACAAUGAGGUUUCAUCUAAGCGAGAUUAACAAGAUUGAAAAGGGGAUAUUGCAACGCCAGUUUGAAGCCUCACCAUUUGCGAAAGGAUAUACUACAAAGACAAACCCUACGAUUCUCAAAAUCUUCGACUUUGAUUCAACCUUAUUUCUAUCACCAUUACUCAGCUCUAAUAUUUGGCACAAAUCAUUAAUCAAUGCCGUCAUCAAAGAAAAUCUUCUGGGUCCUGGCUGGUGGAGAGAUUACAGAAGUCUUGAAUUAGGUCCAUUCGAUCAACUUGAGGAAAAGGCAUGGGAUGGAUAUUGGAAUGAAGAUGUAGUAUCCGAGGCGCGAAAAGCUAUAGCAGACCCUAAUUCCCUGACAGUCAUGCUGACCGGACGGCGGUACCAUCCAUUUUACAGCAUCGUAUACCCAAUUCUUAAAAGCAAAGGUCUCUUCUUUGAUGCUAUUGGUCUUCGACCUGAUCCUGAAGAUAAAGAGCCCGACAACUCAGGGCUAAUGUACAACGUAAUGCCAAAUGUAUUUCAAACAACGAUGUCUUUCAAGUCCUCUUUUAUCGUCAACCUCCUGGCAAAUGUACCGUCGCUCCAGAACAUUAUUAUGUGGGAUGACCGAGCUGCACAUAUCAUUGCAUUCUCUAAAUAUCUUGAAGACAUGACAAAGGAAGAUAUUAUCGUAGGUGGAGAAAUGAUCCCUGUUAAGGCUGUCAGACCAAAGUAUAAUCCAGAAUGGGAAUAUGCCGUGGUCAACAAUAUCAUCGAUUCCCACAACAAGUCCAUCGAGAGAUACUUUCAACAUAAAAGCGAGAAUCCCGACAUAAAUUAUACCGAAAGUGAGGAGGUUUGGGAGCAGUCAACAAUUGUUAACAAUGGAUCCCUGGCAACAUGGAAAGACCAAUACAAGAUAGCUCCAAUCAAGACAUCCAUUGUUGUAAAUCUUGAAAAGGACGCGGUGGGUGUGCUCAAGAAUUGCUUUGAGCUUUUUUAUGAAAAGGAGAUUACCCAAGGGAGAAAAGUGGCACAGUGGGAGAUGGUUGGUGGAGAGGGAAAUAUCUACUUUGGAGUCCAUGUUUUUUUGGGUCAAUGUUCAUUUGAUGAAGACAUUCCUUUUGGUGGCCUGGGAUCUUCUGUGGAUGUUAAGGUUAUUAGCCGCUCGCAAGGAUGCCCUGAUCACGGAAUGCUCUUGAAAGUAUUGCUUAAAGCAAGUCAAGAUGAAGAAUAUGGGCCAGAGGAGUAUAUUUUGCCACUUUGGCACAAACCUUCCAAGUAUUUGUCACUAAAUGAAGCGAAUUAUAUGUGGUGUGAAUUGGAGGUAGAGCACCAGUUGGUUUUAUGCGGAGAAAUGCAAUAUGGCUAUUUGCUUGGAGUAGAAACAUUACCUAGACCUGACCAAUAGAUACAGAUACACAUGAACUAGUAUUAGAGUAUAAAAAUGAUAAAUGUGGUUUUAACAUUGUAUGAAUAAAUUGCUUUCUAGAGGUUUUUAUUAUUUAUUUAUUUAUACUAU